AUGGAAGACUUCAACCAACCUGCAAUCGGAUACGAACAACCACAGGAAUCAAUACUAGAAGAACUAGACUCACUCAGACAGUCAAACAAACUGAUCGAACUCCUACUCUGUAAUGCCCACAUCCUAGUCUUCCUCAUCUCACCGAGCCUACCCACUCCAACCAGCCCACCACAACUAGUCAGGAUCGAUCUCAACGAGCCAUCACUAGUGGAUACCAUCCCACUCCUCAUCCCUUCACUCUUCCAAACCAAUUAUCAAAACAAGCAACCUCCAACCUCAAUUUACCGCAUCCACUGUGAUCCAACCGGAAGGCAUCUCAUCAUCUCUCUCGAGUCCGCUCAAAAUUAUUAUGUCUCACUCUCACCAGCUUCGAUCAACCAACAACGUGCGGCCACUCAGCACUCCAUCAGAAGAGCCACCCAAGCCUCGAUCACUCCCGGCCCAGCCAUCAGACUCUUGUCAAAGCUCAGAGGCUUACUCAUCACGUCCGUCGGCUGGCAUCACUCCAGCUUCAACGGAAUCCCACAGAGCUCGACUCGCGAGAUCAUCCUUGCCACCUCCACCGGCGCACUCUUUGCCACCCUGCUUGUCGACCAUCACAGUCAGGAAACCAAUUCAUCUGAUCUAUCGAUCACCGCCGCAUUCUCUCGGAUCGAUCGAUCAACUGUCGAUCGAUACCUCAAACCAAUCUACACCCUUCCCGACUCAUCCGAUGAUCCGAUCAUCAGAGGCGUCUGGUGGGACGUCUGGUACCAGCACACCACUCAGAACAGGGUCAUCAAACGGGCACUAGCCAUCAUCGUCACAUCCGGUCGACUGUUCCAAUUUGUGGAACAGGUUGGGAUCCUCAAGAGUAGAAGAGAUGACGAUGCUAACGAUGAAGUACUCGAACGUCUCUUUGGCUCCUAUCAAUCCAAUCGAGUCUUACCAAAAUCUCUCGAGCUGCAAGCCACUCAGAACAGUCAACUGCAUGUCUACAAUCCGACAUCCUCCAAUCCACAGUAUUCACCAAAUCCACCGAUCCUCUCUUGGAUGACAGGCGCAGGGAUAUAUUGCGGAGAGAUUUUACAUGGGAGUCAAGAGGCGGGAGAUGGUGUGAUCGGACCAUCCGAACUCAUCCCGUUCCCAUUGCCUCAACAUCCCAUAGCCGGUUCCUCAUCUUCACCAGGUCCAAACCCAAACACUCAGAUCCAUCACCUCCCGCUCGCCCUCUGUCCAACCGAAUAUCAUAUCGUCCUGCUGUUCCCCGAUCGCAUACAGAUCGUCUGUCGACUCGAUGGCCGAACUGUACACGAAGAAAUUUUAGAUCUGAAACCGGGUGAAAGAAUUAGAGCUAUUACCACGGACUCGGUCGAUCAGACUUAUUGGCUGUAUUCAGAAGAAUCUAUCUUCGAAUUGAUUGUUAAAAACGAAGGCCGAGAUAUUUGGAAAGUCUAUCUAGCCAGAAAGGAUUUCGAGAAGGCAUUAAGUCAUGUAGAUAUGGCGAUUGACCGCGACAAAAUCUUAGUCAGCCAGGCCGACCACUAUCUCGAAACCGGCAAAUAUAUCUCCGCCGCUCAGAUCUAUGCUCAGUGUUCGAAGCCUUUCGAGGAGGUCGUUUUGGGCUUUAUCGAUCGCGGCGAACGAGACGCUCUUCGAUAUUAUCUCAUCAGUCGUCUCGAGCGUCUUAAACGGCAGGAUUUGACUCAGCGGAUGAUGUUGGCUACUUGGUUGACAGAAAUCUAUUUGGCUAAGAUCAAUGAAUUGGAGGAUUUGGUGGGCGCGGAUCCUUCAGCUGGUGAUGAGACUGCCAAUAUCGUUGCCGAGCAACAGUUGAUCGAAGACGAGCUACAACAGUUCUUGAGGACCUACAAAGCUGAUCUAGACCAGCGUACAACCUUUGAUCUUAUCACUAGUCAUGGUAGGAAAGACGUGAUGAUCUACUAUGCGAAUCUGGUCGGUGACCAUCAGCGCAUCAUCCGACAUUAUAUCCUGGAAGAAGAUUGGAAGAAAGCGAUCGACAGCCUCAAUCGACAGUCUGAUCUCGAGCUGUAUUACAAAUUCGCACCCGUCCUUGUCAGCCAUGAUGCACGUGCAGCUACCACCGCUUUCAUGCGCCAACCCAAAUUGGAUGUCAAACGACUCAUUCCAGCCCUGAUUCCUCCUCGCUCAUCUGCCAAGCGAAGGAAAAGUGCUAGUAAUGAUGAGAACUCAGAGAUCGUGAUCGAAUACUUGAAAUUUGUCAUUUCGAGACUCAACAACUCUGAUGCGCCAGUCCAUAACGCUCUUUUAACGCUCUAUGCCACACAACAGCAGGCUGAUGAAGCAUCGCUCUUAAGGUUCCUAGCUACCACGCCUGAUAACCCGCUGACUGGGAAGCCAUACUACGAUUUGGACUACGCACUUCGAAUCUGUAAGGUCAAUAAUAAGUUGCAGUCCUGUGGAUUGAUUUAUAGCAAGAUGGGGUUAUACGAGAGUAGUGUGGACCUGGCCCUUCGGACGGGAGACCUGGAGCUGGCGAAGAUCAAUGCAGAGAAGGCGGAGGAUGAUAGGUUACUACGGAAGAAGCUAUGGUUGAAGAUUGCGGAAUAUGUGGUCCAUCAUCAGAAGGAUAUCAAGGCGGCGAUGGAGUUCCUGGAGUCGACCGAACUGUUAAAGAUUGAGGACAUCCUGCCGUUCUUCCCGGACUUUGUGGUGAUAGAUGAGUUCAAAGAAGCGAUAUGCAACGCCUUGGAGAGCUAUUCGAGUAGCAUCCAGAAGCUGAAGGACGAUAUGGAAGAGUCGAACCGGACGACUCAACUGAUCGAGGAAGAUCUCGCGAAGCUUUCGAGUCGGUUCCUGGUCAUUAACCAGGCCGACGAGUGUUGUGCCUGCCAACAACGGCUGUUGACGCGCCAGUUCUAUCUCUUCCCCUGUCAGCACUCCUUCCAUGCGGACUGUUUGAUCAAGGAAGCCAUGGAGCAUAUGCCUCCGUACCAACUACGACGGAUGCUCGCACUCCAGACUAAGCUCGGCUCGCAUCAGUCCAACCAUUUAGAGCCUGGCCCCGUCCGGAUAUCCGAUAAAACGAUCCUCACUACCAGCAUUCUCUCCGACUCUAAGAAACUCGCACUCGCGAGCGUCCAUGGCUUGGACAACGUGCGUAAGAUGAUCAUCCCUGAUGCCCUCGUCGGGCUUAUCGGUGGAGGUGUCGGCGUCUUUGGCUCCGGGGUAGGCGCGUUAGGCGGAGUGUUACCAAUCUCUAAAGUCACCAAAUUCACUCGAUCUGCAUCUGCAUCUGCCUCUAAUACUACUCCUCCUACCAAUCCAAGUACUCAUACUAAUACUAUGACACAUCUUGGUGAAAAUUCGAUGAAUUCAUCUCUGAUUAAAAAACAAGCCACUCCCUUUACCACGCGGAUCGCCGGCCUUGGUUCUUCUUCUUCUCCUAAUCAUAAAUAUCUUGAUAAGAAUUCUUCUGGUUCUGCUUCGGUUGAACUCGAGAAACUUAAAAACGAAUUGGAUCUUCUGAUCGCUUCUAAUUGUCCGCUCUGUGUUGGCUCUAUCAAUUCUAUUCAUCUGCCAUUUGUUAAAGAAGGCGAAAUCGAUAUUUGA